AAUGAUUGGACUGCUUAAGUUAAGAUUUUAAGAGUAGAUAAAAAUAAGGUUUUAGAGAGUUUAAAUAAGUUUAAAGAUUCUAAUAUAGCAGAAUAUAUAAUAAGAGAACCAAUUGGAGAUGGUAGAUUAAGAGAAGUUUAGAAAUAUUAAUAAAUAAAUUUAUUUAUUUAGAAUGGUCAUGGUACUAAAAGAAUUAGAUUUCUAAUUUAAGUUACCAAGAGUUAAGAUGAACAUUAUAAUCAGUAGAUUUUUUUUACUCAAAAUAUUGAUUGGAUUUGGGAGAAUAGUUACACUUGAAAAGGCAUUUUAUGUUGCUUAAAGUUCUCUUAUUGCCAUGAUUUUAGCUGAGAAUUUCUAAUUUUAAAUUUAAAAGGCUGAUGUAAAACCUCCCUGUAAAUUUUAUUAUAAAGAACAAUUUUUAAUACAAGCAGAAGGAAGUAUAAAAAACAUUUUUAUCAUAUUAGAUUUCUAUAUUGCCGAAAAAUUGACAAAAGGAGCUUUCAUCAAAUUUAAUGGAGAAGGCAAAUCUAUAGUUAAGGAUUAAAGAAUUUCUAGGUAUCUUAACGCUUUCUCACUUUUUACUUAUUUUUUAACUUAAAAAAUGUUGAAAGUGUAAAAUAUUCAAGGAAAUUUUGAUGGAUCUGAUUAUGUUUUAUGUGAUCCUGUUAUUUCUUCACCUGAAGGUAUUAUGGGAGAUGAGGAUUUAGCAGAACCACAUAUUUUAUAAUUUUUUGAUACUUUCAAAGAGAAUCUGUAAAACUAUGGAAAAAAUUAUUUAUCCAAUCUAUAAAUUACAAUUUGAAAUCCAUUAUGAGAACCA